AUGUCAAAGAUGGCCAGAGUCACCCUUGUUGGCUCUGCGAUCAUCUGUGGAAUCACCGUCUGGGGUGUUCACUACCUGCAGCGCAAGGAGCUUGACGUAAGCCCAAGGCACCCCAAGGAUAUGUACAAGGGCGUCCUGCGAGACGACGAACGUCGCGCCGCAAAGAUGAAGGAGCGACAGGAGCAGCUGAUGGAAAGUCAACGCAAGCAAGCGAUAUACGAAACGGUUCAAAAAGUCGGGAAGGAGUCUUAG